AUGCCAGCACUCUUCCCUUUCAGCCUCAACACGAUGGACAUGGUUUACAGAAGUCACAAGAAUGAACUGGACAAGAUUGUUUCAGAUAUUGCAGAUGCUAAAGAGAACAUUGAAUCAUGCGAGAAAAGAGCUCCAAACUUAGAGAGUCGAUUUAGGUUUUUCCAGGAAUUGAGGGGGUAUGUUCGGGACUUGGUAGAAUGCCUAAACGAGAAGGUUCCAGGAAUAGUUGAGCUGGAAAAUCGCGUGAACAGUUUACUCAAGGCACGUGCAGAUCGGCUGAUCAAGCGGAGACAGCAGGAUGUGCAAGACCAGUGUCGAGACUACAUGACAAGCACGGCUCGUGUGAAAGUUGAUGUUGAAGCACGCGAGGAGCAGAUCAGACAGCGGCGGGCUGCAGAAAGAGAAGCCAGGAGAGCCAGAAGACGACGAGCACGGGAAGCUAAGAACAUAUCAGGACAUCAUGAUGGACUGUCGUCUGAUGAUGAGGAAAGCAGUCAGUCAUUGAUGCUCAAGUUCACUUCUGAUAUGGAGGAAAUCCAAAAGGCUCAAGAAACCUUGUUUGAUGAUGUAGUGGAGGACUUCUCCGAAAUUGAAUAUGUGAAAGAGCAGUUUGAAAAGUGGAAGUUCACUUACAAAGACACCUACAGAGAAGCUUAUAUUGGAUUAUGCUUGCCGAAACUCUUUACUCCACUUAUAAGGAAUGAGCUGUUAUUGUGGAAUCCCCUCAGUGAAGCUUGUGAGGACUUUGAAGACAGUCAUUGGUUUAAUUCUUUGAUGUUCCUGGGCUUUAAAGAAGGAGAUGACAUGGAUAUAUCUGACGAUGACCUUCGGACAUUACCAUCACUUAUAGAGAAACUUAUUCUGCCCAAAUUGACCUUUUUGAUUGAAAAUGUUUGGGAUCCUUUGUCCACAACUCAGACAGCGAGGCUGGUCAAUCUGACCAUGAAACUGACCAGAGACUACCCUACAGUCCAUGCAAAGAGCAAAAAUUUCAGGAGUUACCUUGAAGCUGUAGUAACACGUUUGAAGAAAACACUGGAUGAUGAUGUUUUCAUGCCAAUAUACCCUCUCAGUGUUCUGGAAAACAGAUCUUCAGGCCCAGCAGUGUUCUUUCACCGCCAGUCAUGGACUUGUAUCAAGUUACUUGGCAACAUCCUAUCCUGGCAUCAGCUCAUAUCGGGUCCAGUGUUACAAAAACUGGCAUUGUCUGGCUUACUGAACAGAUACAUUGUGGUGGGCCUGGUCUCUUCAUCUGUCAACAGAGAAGCUCUGCACAAGUGUCAGGCGAUCAUCUCAACCUUCCCCAAAGACUGGUUCAGCAGUUUAGAAGGGGACUCAACAAUUCCACAGCUAGAGAAUCUCUGUCGUUAUCUAGUGUCGGCAGCCAAAACUCUACACAAAGCCACAGCACUUGAGAAGGAUAACGAGCGAUUAGAAGGAAGAGAGCUUGUAAAGCAGAUCAGCAAGCAUCUGAUUAACAUCCAUGCCAUGGACCAUGCCAUGUCUCUGGCCAAUGAGUUCAGCUUCAAGAUUUCUUGA